AGAAACCAACUUCAACGUCGUCGGAGGUGUGGAGGUGACACAAACGUGCGUGGAAAUCCAACAUCAAGCGAAAGCAACAUGUAUUUUAAUGAUUAUCUAAUGUGACUGUAGCUUGUCAGUGUGCUAAAGGAGCCACUAGGAUAAGCUAAGCUAGGCCAGGCUAGCUUGAGACGUAGCGGGUUGAACUCAGACUGUACAAUACAGUCUAUGGUUGAACUAUGUGGAGAUUCCGGGUGGAAGCGAAGGUCCUCCGUGGGCUUCUGAACACCUUCAGGACAAAUGGGACCUGCUGUCAUGUUUCAGGGAAGAAGUGGGUGAAGCCGAGCGGGUUUGACACCGGUUUGAAGACUUACAACAGCCUGACCAAACAGAAAGAGCCUCUGAUCCUGGCUAGAGAGGGAGUCGCUACCUGGUACAGCUGUGGACCCACCGUUUACGACCACGCUCACCUGGGUCAUGCUUGCUCCUAUGUCAGGUUUGACAUCCUGCAGAGGAUCCUGUCCAGCUUCUUUGGAGUCACCGUCGUCCACGCCAUGGUGAUCACAGACAUAGAUGAUAAGAUCAUCAAGAGAAGCUGGGAGGAGAGCGUUUCUCCAGCCGUCGUAGCCAGAAUGUAUGAAGACGAGUUCAAGAAGGACAUGCUGUCAUUAAAGGUGAUUCCUCCUGCAGUGUAUUUAAGAGUCACUGAGAACGUGCAGCAUAUUGUUGCGUUUAUUGAGCGGAUCAUCACAAACGGACACGCUUAUGCCACUAAAGAAGGUGACGUUUAUUUUGACAUCCAGUCCAUUGGUGACCGCUAUGGGAGGUUUGGGGGAGCUGCGGAGUCUCAGGGAGAAGCUGGCAGCUCCAGUAAACGAGACCAGAGGGAUUUUGCUCUGUGGAAGCGAUCUAAACCUCAGGAACCGUUCUGGGAGUCUCCGUGGGGCCGAGGACGCCCCGGCUGGCACAUCGAAUGUUCCACAGUCGCAAGCUGUGUGUUCGGCAGUCAGCUGGACAUCCACUCUGGAGGGAUUGACCUGGCGUUUCCUCACCAUGAGAACGAGGUGGCUCAGAGUGAAGCCUUCCAUCAGAGUGGUCAGUGGGCCAACUACUUCCUCCACUCAGGACACUUACACCUCAAAGGCAGCGCAGAGAAAAUGUCUAAGUCUUUAAAGAACUUCAUCACCAUCAAGGACUUCCUGGAGUCUUACUCUGCAGAUGAAUUCAGGAUGUUUUGUCUUUUGACCAAAUACAGAUCAGCUAUAGACUACAGCGACGGCAGCAUGUCGGAGGCUCGCAGCUCUCUGGAAACCAUCUCCACCUUCAUCCACGACGCUCAGGCCUACAUGAAGGGUCAGCUGCAGCGUUCUCCGGUCCAGGAGCAUCUUCUCUGGGAGAGGUUGGCUGAGACUAAGUCGGCCGUGCUGAAAGCUCUGUUAGAUGACUUCGACACCCCGAGAGCCGUCAGUGCUCUGAUGAACCUGGUUUAUCACGGAAACUGUCAGCUGCACCCUGUUUCUAUGUCCGAUGGAGGGAUCCGGAGCCCUGCAGUGUUUGGAGCCAUCAUCACCUACAUCAGAGAGGUCCUGGAGGUGUUUGGGAUCGAUCUGCUGCACAGGAAGGAGGCUGAUGUUCUGAGCCGCUCUGGAUCUCUGCAGGCCGUGGUGGAACAGCUGACACAGUUCAGAAGCGAAGUUCGAGCGUUCGCUUUGACUCGUCAGGAUGAUUCCACCACAGGAUCCUCUAAGAAAGCUGGACUCUACCCAGACAGGAUCCCCCUCCUGAAAGCCUGCGACGGCCUCAGAGACACCCUGGCACCGCUGGGAGUGCUGAUAAAGGACAGAGGAGCCACGUCCACCUGGGAGAUAAAAGCUGGUCAGAGAGGACAGGAUAAAGGCCAGCAGACGUCCAGCUGAGACACCUCCACCUCUGGACUGAUGCUUUAUGUGGGCUUGUGGACUGAAAGACUGGAAAAUAAAAGCUGUCCUGAUGUCAGAACAACAGGAGAUAACUCUCAGCUUCUUUCAUUCAAAGGUUCAGCUAGCCGUGUGGUUUUUGGUUUGUCUGAUGAAAGCUCAGUGGGUCACAGAAGGUACCAGGUUUUCUCCACAUUAUUUUUAAGGAACCUACCUAUUACCUGCCCCAGUGAUGAACUAUCCAGCAGCUCCUGGGCUUAAAAUGAGGUGAACAGUAGUGGCACACUGAUCCUACAAGACCGUUAUAAUGAUAUUAUUAUAAAUUAAUAUAACUGACUUUUCCAAGCACCCUCAGGUGUUACCAGGACUGGAAACGUUCCAGUGUGGCUCUACAGAUAUUUACAGCCUGUGCUCUGAACAGCAGCUGUAGAUGUUCCUCCUGCUGCUCCUCUGUAUGAACCAGGCUGCUUUUACUUCAUUCAUCCACUAUGUUUUUAGGUUUUUGCUCUUCAUACCUCCACUCUGUUUAAACACAAAAGACAAAAACGAGACAAUAAAUGGGAGCUUUCAAACCCAGUUUUAGUUUCUGGGUUCAGAGUGUUGAUGAAUCCAGUUUUUUUACGUCGUGGAUCUUCUCACCAACACAUGAAGCGCUGGUGGCUGCUGACCUCUGGACCUUUUACACGUCAUCCACUGUAAACUAUGAGAACAACACUGUAAGAACUGUAAAAACAAUUCACACCUUUUCACCAAAGCUGCUGCACCUGAACAUGUAGUUUUUCUGCUGAAUUAUCCAAAGUCCAGUCUGUGAUCUACAGUCUAAAUAAAUCAGACAGUCGCCCAGCUGAUGCAGAACAACA